ACAUCACGCAUAGGUGGAGCACUGUCAAUAAUGGUUUCUGUUCAUCCCUCCUUAGCUGCUCUUUUUGCUUUGUGCAUUUGGGUUGUCAAAUAUGUCGCUGGAUCAAACUGUCCUGAACCACUGACUGCUUUUAUAAAUGGGAGAUGCUGCAAACAGUGCCCUCCAGGACAAUAUCUGGAGGAUUUCUGCACAGAAACGAGAGAAACCCUCUGUCGCCCAUGUUCGAACAACUCCUUCUCUGAAAAGUAUAAUGUCUUUAACAAAUGCACUCCAUGUCAGUUGUGCCAAGAAAAUGAAGAGAAAUGUUCUCCAGCCGCAAAGUGUUUGUGUCACCCUGGUUUCCUGUGUUCCGAUGACAUGUGCUCAGAGUGCAUGAAACCUUCUCGUCAUGUUGGUGAGGAGAUGGAAAAAACAGAAAAGGAUGCAUUUUGUAUGAUCCUUGGCAUCGGAUAUGGUAUUCUGGCUGUAAUUCUUCUGAUGAUCUUGUUUCACACCUGUAUAAACGUUGCAAAGAAAAAUAGAGCAGCUCUAACCCCUGCCGCCACCCCAUGUCACCCACGCUUGUCCAUCAUGGAAGAAAGGGGGCUCCAGCAGCAGCUCUUCAUCCAGGCUGAUUCUAUGAACCAACUCCAGGAAAUUGUCACCAACUUGUCAUAGGGAUGGGUGUAUUUGGAAUUUUAUGGGAGGGCCUUCAAUAUUAGAAAUCUCCAUUCUAGUGACAAAUGUAAUGAAAAUAUAUAUUUUUUUUUUUUACCCUCUCUCUCUCUCUCUCUGUCUCUCUCUCUCUCACCCCUCGCUUUCUCUCUCUCUCUCUGUUCAUUCACCGGCUGGGGACAUCUGACAGGAAGUGGUUGGAUUUCUUUUGUCUUUUGAGAUACGUAUGUUCUCCAUUCGCCAACCACAAACAUGUCUUCUGUUGUCAUGGUUUCCUGUGGUCAUACGAUGCAUGCUUGCUAUGUAUGGAAAAUACCAUGUGCGUUGAAGCUGGCUAGUAGGCGGUGAAGACAGAGAACAGCAAAGUUUUGAGAACAAAACAAAUGUCAAUGGUAUGGCCCAUUUUGGUUUAAUUAAAAAAAACACAGGCAAACAGCUGCAAUUACUGUUA